GCAUUCUUUCCCUUUCUCAUUUUUCUCUCUACUCUCCACUCUCCUCCUUCCUCCUUCCUCCUUCGUCAUUUCUCUUUUCUUUCCCUUUUUUUUUUCUUCUUUUCUUUUCUAGUUGGGAUUUAGAACCCAUAUUGGGAUUGGGGAUUCAACCCAGAUUAGGUCCGGGGUUUUAACUUAGAUCGGGUUUGGGGUUGCAGAGAUUUUGUGUUUAGGGUGGUUGCAGCACUCAUAUUUGGGUUUAUUGUUGAACCCAAAAUUUUUGAUGAGUUUGAUUUGGGGAAUGGGUUCAUCUGCAUGAGACAUAAAGACUUGGAAUUCCUGAUUGAUCAAAACCAAGGUGUCACAAGUGGGUGUGAAGCAACAAAAGUCGGUAAAUGAUGCCAAUUUGAAAGGCAUGGCUCUAAUCUGGAUGAGCAUCGAUCUAUAAUUCAUGGAGGCUAGCAAAAACAAUGGCGAUGGUGUGAAGCUUUGUGAUGGAGCCCUGCAUAUGAUCCAUGAUCUGGGUAUUUGCUUGGUUGGAGGAAAAAUCAUGGUGAGAAAAUCUUGGGAAAAAAAUUUAGAUUUCAUGGUAAAUCUGGGAGAAUUUGAAUGAAAAUUUUCUUGCUUUAUGGUAUGUUUAUCUAGAUAUUUGUUUGGUUGGUGAGAAUAUCAUGGAGAAAAAAUUCCAAUUGGUUUAUGGGUUUUUAUUGAAUUGUUGAAGUUAAGCUUUAAAUGUCAUGUAGAUGGAAUUGGAUUGAAGGAGAUGAAUUUUUUUUGCAAAUUUUUUGGGUAGCCUAAAUGUUUGGUUAUAGAGAAAAUUCAUGGGAAAAUAAAUUUGUUCUUUGAUU